CUCAAAGUUGUCCUGCCAUAUGGGCUGGGACUCAGCAUUGCACUUGAGCAGGGUCGGAGGGAAGGUCGGAGAGCAGGCAGGGACCCCCUACCAAGGAGGAUUAGUUAGAGUUAAUGGGCUAACUGCCUCUGGCCUCGGACCAUAGGAUAGGGCAGGGGAGGGGCCUUCUGGAAGGUUGCUGGGUGUGAGUGAAGGCUUGGAGGCCGGAAGGAUGGUGGGAGAGCAGCGGAGCCGUUGUCCUCACUCAAGCCCGACCUCAGGCCUCGCUCCCAGACACCCAAGCUCUGGGUGGGGCAGGGUCAAGGCCAAACCAGCCGGUCCUGGCCCACUCCGGGCCCUGACGCGGGCCCAGCGAGGGUGACCCCUCCACGCAGCCCCGAGGCCCAUCCCCCAGCCCGCGGGCGCCCUGCCCCCCCAAAGACUGACUAGCACAGUGUACCUCCAGCCUGGUCACCCUCUGCCUUUGUGGCUGCGGAGACCCUGGCCCAGAGCCCUGGGUCCGGGGGUCUUCAAGGAAGUGGACCCUGCCUGGGAGCCCCCUGCCAAGCUCUGCUUGCUGUUCCUGGCCUCCCCCUCCAUCUCCCACGGGGGCUGGCCCUGCUCUGGCUUCACUGCCACCUCCUGGCCUGGUCCUCACGGGCCCCUCCCCUGGAAUGUGAGGACCCACCCGGCCCACCGACCUGCUCCAGGAAAGCCUGUCUCGGCAGGAUCCCCCCAACAAACAGGCCCUGCGUGGAUUAGGUACCUACUGUGUGCCAGGCCCACCCAGCCCCACCAGGUUCACGAACUUAGAGCUCUGGGCCCCUCGGGGCCUGAUUCGGCCUGGGGUAGGGGGGCGGCCCCUCCCGAUCUUGGGUGCUGCCCAGAUGGUGAAUAAUGUGAGGAUUGGCGGCAGGAGCGCAGAGGGGCCUGGCUAGGGGCGGGCCCAGGCUACAGUCUCCCGAGAGGGCCCCGGCCACCGCAUCCCUGUGCCUACGCCCAGGGGGCCGAGCAGGGUCCCCGGCCGUCUGGGGGGCGCCCACUGACCCCCAUCGGCCAGCCCAGGCCGGAGGGGCGUGGCCAGCGCCAGGGGGAGGGGCCGGGAAGAGACGCAGGAGACACACGCAGGGACCGGCAGGGCGCGGGCUGCUGCGCGGAGCCCCCGUCCUGGGCUAUUUUUAGCCCCCGCGGACCCCGCUCCCAGGCGGGGAGGACUCGUCGCCCCUCCUGCAGCCCUGAGGUCCUCGCGCACCCCGGCGUCCUGAGCCGCCGCGUCCUCCAGCCGUGCCCUGCGGAGACGGGGCCGCGCCGGAGUCCUCGGUGCAUCCCGCGCCCGGCCUUGACUCGGUUGCCCCGGGCGCCCCGGCCCCCCUGCUCCCCGCUCCGCCCUCCCCGGCCUGAGCCCUUCACCCGCACGUCCGCCCUCGGGGCUGUGCGACAGGGGCGACCCCAGCGCGUGCCACCGAUCAGCAGCGUGUCCAGUGUGGCAGCAAAGGGUGACGUUGUUGGUCACCUAGAUGGCCCUCAGAGCCCUUAGCAAACGUGCUGGGGCCGCCCCAGGAGCGCAGGAGGCUCAGCGGGCGGGGGCACAGCUGAGGCGGAGGCCGGAGGGGAGCAGGUCAGGCCCGGAAAUCAGCCAGAACGGCAGCAGGAGACUCAUGUCCCGGUUUCACAGAGGGGGACACUGAGGCACUGCUGACCGCCAGCGCAGGACUCCAGGGAGCCCGUCAGAGGUGUGCCUGAGCCUGCGCCGGCUGUCCCCACCAGCUGUCCCCACUGCAGCCUCGGCCCCAUGGGGUGGUGACCCUCUCCGCUCCACUCUGGCGCCAUGUGGCCCAAUGGCAGCUCUCCGGGGCCCUGUUUCCGGCCGACCAACAUCACCCUGGAGGAGCGGCGGCUGAUCGCCUCGCCCUGGUUUGCCGCCUCCUUCUGCUUGGUGGGCCUGGCGUCCAACCUGCUGGCCCUGAGCGUGCUGGCGGGGGCGCGGCAGGGGGGCUCGCACGCCCGCUCCUCCUUCCUCACCUUCCUCUGCGGCCUGGUCCUCACCGACUUCAUGGGGCUGCUGGUCACCGGCGUGAUCGUGGUGUCCCAGCACGCUAUCCUCUUCGACUGGCGCGCCGUGGACCCCGGCUGCCGCCUCUGCCAGUUCAUGGGCGUCAUCAUGGUCUUCUUCGGCCUCUGCCCGCUGUGGCUGGGCACCGCCAUGGCCUCGGAGCGCUACCUGGGGAUCACCCGGCCCUUCUCGCGGCCCGCGGCCGCCUCCCAGCGCCGCGCCUGGGCCACGGUGGGGCUGGUGUGGGGCUCGGCGCUGGCGCUGGGCCUGCUGCCCCUGCUCGGCGUGGGCCGCUACACGGUGCAGUACCCCGGCUCCUGGUGCUUCCUCACGCUCGGCGCCCAGCCGGGGGACGUGGCCUUCGGCCUGCUGUUCUCGCUCCUUGGCAGCUUCUCGGUGGGACUGUCCUUCCUGCUCAACACCGUCAGCGUGGCCACUCUGUGCCACGUCUACCACGGGCAGGAGGCCGCCCAGCAGCGCCCACGGGACUGCGAGGUCGAGAUGAUGGCUCAGCUCACGGGCAUCAUGGUGGUGGCCAGUAUCUGCUGGAUGCCGCUGCUGGUGUUCAUCGCCCAGACGGUGCUGCGCAGCCCGCCCGCCAUGAGCCCGACGGGACAGCUGUCCCGAGCCACAGAGCAACAGCUGCUCAUCUACCUGCGCGUGGCCACCUGGAACCAGAUCCUGGACCCCUGGGUGUACAUCCUGUUCCGCCGGGCCGUGAUCCGGCGCCUCCACCCUCGCCUCAGCGCCCGGCCCAGGUCGCUGUCCCUGCAGCCCCAGCUCACCCGGAGGCCCACGGGGCAGUAGGGCCGAGGGCGCCGGGCGGACAGGGCGCCGAGCCAGCGUGUGUCCCUCACGGAACCUCUGUCCUCCCCGGGGGUCACGGAGCUGGGGCGUCGGAGGGACCGACACGUGACCGGCAGGAGGGCGGGCUCCCUGCCCUCCAUCAGCCCUGGGGACCCCCUGACUCCUCCCUGAGCCCCUUGCCCCUCCCCCUCCCCCUCCCAGGAAGGGUGGGCGGGCAUGCGGGGGGGGGGGGGUCUGAGGAAAUCAGACUUGGCAGCCUCCACUUCCAGAAAUCCUCUGGAAAGGGGGGACUCUUGGGCCCCUGACUGUGACCUGCUUACUGGGGUACAGUUGAUUCCCUUUGACGCCUCGACCCGAAGAAGCUGUGUUUGGAAAAUAUGAACAGGCAAGACGCCCCCUCCCCUUGCCGAAAUAUAUCUUAGCCCCACCA